AUGGUUUACAUCUUUUUGUUAACUGGCAUUCACAAAGUAUACUUACUGGACGAGCCAGAAGCCGCGGCAAGAAGAAGAAAGCGGGACGGCCGCUGCAAUACAAGCAAACCUGCAAGUCGUAUAGCCAAACCGACGAGCUUAAUGACACUUAAUGUCGAUGAUGAUGUAGAUAAGAAUCUACCACACCCUAUCUUUGAAGUAGUUUUAUCGCUGAGUCGCAACGUCCAAGACAAGGCAACGCUGGUGUCUUGGGUGCGACAGCGCCGCCAGUUUGAAGCCAAAAUUUGCAGCCGAUGUGCUGUCACAGGUGAGCAGUACGAACACGUUGUCAUUUACAUCCACAACUCAAUCGGGCAGCGCAUUCUCGGUCACCUCGCUCGAUUCGUCUUGAAGAAGCAGACAGCCUCGGUGAUGGAUGAAGAUCUUCAUCUGGCGAUUACGUGGCGUUGCUUGCUCCAAAAUUGCCUAGACUAA